UCUCCGGACCUUCGCUCGUGCUGUGCGGUCACCGCCUUCUAUUUCUUUCUUUCUUUUUCCCUUCGUCUUCUUUUCUUGCCUCCCGUUCCCUCUGCCCACCACCUCUCUCUCUCUCCCACCCCCUCCUCCAAUGGCGUCGUCCUACGCCUCUCUCCCCGCCCAAGAGGCUGUACAGGUACUGGUAGCGUCGCUGGUGGACGAGUCCCCCGUCGUCAGGGAGGCCUCCUUGGCCGCUCUCAAGGAGAUCGCCCCACUGAACCCUCUUAUGGUUCUUGAUUGCUGCUCUGCUAUCUCCCGAGGGGGGCGUCGGCGUUUUGGUAACAUGGCGGGGGUGUUUCUUGUUAUGGCGUGUGCGGUGCGAGCAAUGGACCGCAAAGAUGUGGACCCGGCAUACAUGGCUAAGCUUGCAAAGUUAGCGACAGCAGAGAUGAUCACCUCAAAGGAGCUUAAUGCUGAUUGGCAAAGGGCAGCAGCUGGUCUACUUGUUUCAAUAGGAUCGCAUGUGCCUGACCUGAUGAUGGAGGAAAUUUUUCUUCACCUGUCUGGAACUAAUUCAGCUUUACCAGCCAUGGUUCAGAUACUUGCGGACUAUGCUUCUGCUGAAGCUUUGCAGUUCACUCCACGGCUGAAAGAUGUCCUUUUGCGUGUGUUACCGAUUCUUGGAAAUGUACGGGAUGCCCAGCGACCGGUUUUCGCUAAUGCUUUCAAAUGCUGGUGUCAGGCUGCUUGGCAGUAUAUUGGGGAUUUUCCCUCUGAUCCACUUCUUGAUAGCGAUGUAAUGUCAUUCAUGAAUUCUGUCUUUGAACUUCUGUUGAGAGUUUGGGCAAGUUCGCGUGAUCUGAAGGUGCGGCUCUCAUCUGUGGAGGCAUUAGGACAAAUGGUUGGUCUUGUUACCCGGUCACAAUUGAAAGCAGCAUUGCCCAGGCUUAUUCCAACAAUUUUGGACCUAUAUAAGAAAGAUCAUGAGAUUGCCUUUCUAGCCUCAUGUAGCCUACACAAUCUUCUUACUGCAUGCUUGCUAUCAGAAAGUGGUCCUCCUCUGCUUGAUUUUGAGGAACUCAAAGUUAUCUUAUGCACACUUAUUCCAGUAGUAUGUGUUAAUAAUAGCAAUGAUGAUUGUUCAAACUUUUCAAUGGGCCUGAAGACUUACAAUGAAAUCCAACACUGCUUUCUGGUAAUUGGUUCAGUAUAUCCUGAUGACCUUUGUGUCUUCCUUCUGGAUAUAUGUCAGUCAAAAGAUGAGCCAUCCAUAAUUGGAGCCCUUUGCGUCAUAAAGCAUCUCUUACCCAGGUUGUUGGAAACUUGGCAUGGCAAAAGGACUUUACUUGUUGAAGUUGUGAAAUCCCUUCUUGAUGAGCAGAGCUGGGGUGUUCGAAAGGCACUUGCAGAGUUGAUUGUUAUUAUGGCUUCUCACUGUUAUCUAAGCGGACCUCCUGCGGAAUUAUUUAUUGAAUACCUUGUGCGCCAUUGUGCUACAACGGAGGAUGAAGUAAGAGAUUUCAAGGCUUCGAAGGAAGUUACUUGGAGAAGUGGCCCCUUUCAACCUUUUCAGUAUAAGAAACUGGAGGUGAUGAUGGGCCCUGUUUGUCCUGUGAAAUUAAGAGCAAUCUGUGAAAAGGGUCUCCUUUUGUUGGCUAUUACAAUUCCUGAAAUGGAGUAUAUCCUCUGGCCAUUCAUCUUAAAGAUGAUUAUCCCAAAGAAGUAUACUGGUGCAGUUGCAACGGUUUGCAAGUGUAUAACUGAGUUGUGUAGGCAUAGAUCAUCUCGUAACAGUUUCACAUUUAGUGAAUCGAACACUUCCAAUGAUAUUCCUAACCCUGAGGAUCUUUUUGCUCGUUUGGUUGUUCUUUUGCAUGAUCCACUAGCCAGGGCACAGUUGGCAACUCAGAUUUUGACGGUCUUAUGCUACUUGGGUCCAUUGUUCCCAAAAAACCUCAGUUUGUUUUGGCAAGAUGAGGUGCCUAAAAUGAAAGCAUAUAUCAGCGAUCCUGAAGACUUAAAGCAGGAUUCUUCUUAUCAAGAGACGUGGGAUGACAUGAUAAUCAAUUUUUUAGCAGAAUCUCUGGAUGUUGUUCGAGACACUGAAUGGGUCAUUUCACUGGGUAAAGCUUUUGCAAGACAGUAUGCUCUAUAUGCUGCUGCUGACGAACAUUCAGCACUUCUUCACAGAUGCCUGGGAAUGCUUCUUCAAAAAGUUGAUGAUAGAAUUUAUGUUCGUGAAAAAAUAGAAUGGAUGUAUAAGCAUGCAGAUAUCUCAGUCCCCACAAAUAGGCUUGGUCUUGCUAAAGGCAUGGGGUUGGUUGCAGCUUCGCAUCUGGAUACUGUUCUGGAAAAGUUGAAGAAUAUACUAGACAAUGUUGGAUAUAGUAGGUUUCAGAGAUUUCUAUCCUUCUUCUCAAGUAGAUCUAAAGUAGAAGAUGCUGAUGAUACAUAUGCUGCACUAGCUUUAAUGUAUGGAUAUGCUGCGAGAUAUGCUCCAAUUACAGUAAUAGAAGCCAGAAUUGAUGCACUUGUGGGCACCAAUAUGCUUUCACGACUUCUUCAUGUACAAAAUCCUACUGCAAAGCAAGCUGUUAUAACUGCAAUUGAUCUAUUAGGUCGUGCUGUAAUUAAUGCUUCGGAAAUGGGUGUUUCAUUUCCAUUAAAAAGAAGAGAUCAAAUGCUCGAUUAUGUGCUGACUUUGAUGGGUAGAGAUGAAAGCGAAGAUUUUGUUGAUUCAAGCAUUGAGUUUCUACAUACUCAAAGCCUUGCUUUAAGUUCUUGUACUACUUUGGUUUCUAUAGAGCCAAGGUUACCAAUGGAAACAAGAAAUCGUGUUAUGAAGGCUACUUUAAGCUUUUUCGCCUUGCCGAGGGAUCCUUCAGAUAUUGUAGAUCCACUUAUAAGCAACCUCAUUACUCUGUUAUGUGCUAUUCUUCUAACCAGUGGUGAAGAUGGUCGAAGUCGAGCAGAACAACUGCUACAUAUUCUUAGACAAGUGGACUCAUAUGUUUCAUCUCCCAUGGAGCAUCAAAGAAGAAGAGGUUGCCUCGCUGUAUAUGAGUUGCUACUCAAAUUUCGUGCACUUUGUUCUGGUGGAGUUUGUGGCUUUGGUUGCCAUUCAAGUUGCACACACAGCAAACAAAUUGAUCGAGCAACACAAAGAAACUUUGCAAAUUUACCAUCUGCAUUUGUAUUGCCAAGUCGUGACUCCUUGAGCUUGGGAGAAAGGAUCAUAGCUUAUCUUCCACGCUGUACAGAUACCAGUUCUGAAGUUAGAAAGGUGGCAGUUCAGAUUGUUGGUCUAUUCUUCAGCAUAUCCUUGUCACUUCCUAAACUGGUGGUAUCGAGUAGUGAUCUAGAUCUAGAAGUCUCGUAUAGUGCCUUGUCCUCUCUUGAAGAUGUGAUUUCUAUUUUGAGACGGGAUGCAUCUAUUGAUCAGUCAGAAGUCUUCAAUAGGGUCCUUUCAUCUGUUUGUGUUUUGCUAACAAAAGAUGAGUUGGUUAUUGCCUUGCACACAUGCACGGCUGCCAUAUGUGAUAAGAUCAAACAAUCAGCAGAUGGUGCUAUUCAAGCUGUCAUUGAGUUCAUUACCAAGAGGGGCAAUGAGUUGAAUGAAGUUGAUGUUGCAAGGACAACCCAGUCUUUGCUUUCAGCCACUGUUUCCGUGAUUGACAAACAUUCACGUCAGGAGGUUCUCAAUGCUAUAUCAUGCUUGGCAGAGAACACCAAUUCAAGGGUUGUUUUCAAUGAAGUUUUGGCUGCUGCAGGACGAGAUAUAGUUACAAAGGAUGUAUCCAGGAUACGAGGUGGCUGGCCAAUGCAGGAUGCAUUUUAUGCAUUCUCGCAGCAUGUUGUACUUUCGGUUUUGUUUCUGGAGUAUGUGGUAUCUGUGCUCAACCGGACACCUGUUCUUAAAAAUGAUAUAGAUAAGGGAGACCACACUACCCAUCCUGUUGAGUUACCUAAUGAUGAGCAUGUCUUGCAAGCAGCUAUUCUUGCUCUUACUGCAUUGUUCAGAGGGGGUGGUAAGACUGGGAAGAAAGCAGUUGAACAAAGUUAUUCUUCUGUUCUUUCUGCACUCACACUUCAACUUGGAAGUUGGCAUGGACUGUCUGGAUUGGGCCAACAGGAACAUUCACGAGCACUGUUAACUGCAUUUCAGUCAUUCUGUGAUUGCGUUGGGGAUAUCGAAAUGGGCAAGAUUUUGGCUAGAGGUGGAGAACACGAUGACAAAGAGAAGUGGAUUGACUUGAUUCAGGAUAUUGCAAACUGCACAUCCAUAAAGAGACCUAAAGAGGUCCAACCUAUAUGUAUGAUUCUGAGUAAAGCAUUAAGUAGGCAUCAAAGAUUUCAAAGAGAAGCUGCUGCUGCUGCAUUAUCAGAGUUUAUACGUCACAGUGAUGGGGUUCCUUCCUUGUUGGAACAUAUGGUUGAGGCAAUGUGUUUGCAUGUUUCAGAUGAAUCACCAACUGUAAGAAGCCUGUGCCUACGAGGUCUUGUACAGAUACCUGACUGUCACAUGCCUAAAUACAUUGCACAAGUUCUUGGGGUAGUAGUUGCUUUACUUGAGGAUGCUGAUGAGUCAGUUCAGCUGACAGCAGUGCAGUGCUUGCUAACAGUUCUCAAUUCAUCACCUAAAGAUGCUGUUGACCCUGUCUUAAUAAAUCUCUCUGUUCGGCUUCGGAAUCUACAGAUAUCAAUGAAUGCAAAGAUGCGUUCCAACGCCUUUGCAGCUUAUGGAGCUUUAAGCAUGUAUGGAAUAGGUUCACAGCAUCAGGCUUUUCUUGAGCAGGUACAUGCCAUUUUCCCACGCCUAAUUCUCCAUCUUCAUGAUGAUGAUGUUAGUGUUCGUCAAGCAUGCAGGAAUACACUGAGACAACUAGCUCCAUUGAUGGAAGUGGAUGGUUUCUCUGCUCUCUUCAGCAAACAAGUUUUUAAUUCUGAACACCGAAGUGACUAUGAGGAUUUCAUACGUGACCUAACCAGACAACUCUGUCAACUGUUAGCUUCUAGAGUCGAUAAAUACUUAGCAUCAGCAAUCCAGGCUUUUGAUGCACCUUGGCCGGUCAUACAAGCAAAUGCAAUUUAUUUCUCCUGUUGCAUGUUGUCACUUUCUGAUGAUCAACGCACAUUGGCUCCAUACUUUUCACAGGUGUUUGCAUUGCUGGUAGGCAAAAUGAGCCGAUCACCAGAUGCAGUUGUUCGAGCAACAUGCUCAUUUGCUCUGGGCAUGCUGCUGAAGUCUUCCAACCCACUCACAUGGAUGGUAUCACAACUUGAUCGAGUUGAUUCAUCUAGGAGUUCUCAAGAUUGAGUAUUUAAUAUAAAGCCCUUCUAAGCUAAAUGAAGAGACCAGAAAACUAAAAAGAGCCAAAAAAGAUGAAGAUAUUUUGAACCACUGAAAAAGAGCCAAAAGGAUAUCGGACACUCAGGCUAGGACUGGGCAAAUUUAUUAAACUUCACAGUCGAUCAUGAGAAGGGUGUAUGAUGUUGUACCAUAUUCCAUAUAUUCUGUGCCGUAUAUGCACAGUUGUAUAGUAUGAAAUUAGGAAUGCUGCAGACUUGCAGGACCAUCUCAUGUUAAUAUGGUUGCUUGAUUCUUGUUCACUACUAUGAUAGAUGUUUGUGGCUAAAUGCUGUAUACGACAUGAUGCAGUAAUUCAUUUGUAUAUUUCUUUUGUUGGCGCAAUAAAUCAAACUUUACAUGAGUUCUUUAUAGUGGACUGAAAAUUUCCCACAAAAGUUGUGCCAAUUAGUGCUUAUUUCAGAAUGAGGCUUGCCAGGGUUUUUGUGCUUGCUGAAUUUCUUUUAAGAUGUCUGGGACUGGAUAAAAGUGUUCUGUGACCUAGCAACUCCAACCCUGAUUCUCAGCCUUCUCCAAGAAUUCUGGUCAGGUAACUUAUGCGCAGGUGAGAUCUCUGAUCAACAUAUGCAUUUAUGCUUCAACCAAACAAGGUAGAAGAAACCAUGUUUGAUUAGAAUUUUUUUUUGCAAUGACUAAUACCUCACAGCAGUAGUGGAGCGGUUUGCAACUUGAGAUCUGAAGAGGAAGAUUAAGCAAGGCAAAGGAGAAAGAAGUCGUCCCCUCUUCUCUGGUAACCCCCUGCCGGUUAUAUAUAGAGCGCUUUGUCCACCAUCGCAUAUGUAGGAAAGGAUGUGGGGGGGGAAGGAAGGGCAACCUUUUGGCUUUGGCACGUGAGGUGGCAGGUUUGGCUGGGUAACAUGAUGGAUACGUAUCGAGACUGCAAAUCCAGGAAUUCAGUUGCAUGAUUGUGUGGAGAAAAUCCAUUGGUUGUAUUUCCUUCAGAGAGAAUCACAAUUGUGCGUGCCACUGAAUGACCUACAUUUAGAUAGAUAGAAGACUUGAUCAUGACAAGUCAAGCAAGAAAAUCCAUCAUUAGAGGUCGUUUGACCAAAGGAAUCAAAGAGUAUUCAUUAGAGGUCGGCAUUAAUUGGAGCCCCCUGGAAACUUUUCAUGUAUUAUUUUUUUUAUGUUUUCUUGUUUAUUUUGCACAUUAGUGAAGCACCAGGAGAGUCGUAUAUAUUUCCUCUCGCGCAUUAGGUUUGUGCAUGAACUGAACCUUGAACAGUCUUCAUGAUGCCAGAGCAGAUGAUUUCUCA